UUUAUGAGGACAAUCCAAUUCGCGAGUAUUCAUUAAUGCUUUCUCGAUGAUUGACUACUAUUCAAUUCUUUACCUUUUUAUGCCUUUAUUUACAGAUCCACUUCAAGAUCCAACAUUUUUAACCAUUGCUUGCAACUAUGGUAGACUAGGAAACCAAAUGUUUACUUAUGCCUCAUUAUUGGGUUUGUCGAAAAUGAAUAAACGUACUCCUUAUGCGCCAAAAUGUAAUAUGGAUACUGUUCGAAGAUAUUUUAAAGUGACAGCAGCAGAGAUUUCAGAUCUUUCAAAACAAAACAGAAGUGAAUAUCCUCUAGGACCGUAUUUCCGUCCAAAAGAUGCCCACAUUCCAAAAGACAAAAAUAUACUUACUGGAUACGCAUACCCAAAUUCAUUUACAUUUUUUGAUCAUAUUAGAGAUGAAAUUAGAAAAGAAUUUCAAUUUAAGGAAAGCAUUAUAUCUUACGCUCAAACUUAUCUUCAUUCUUUAAAAAAUGUUACGCGUUCAGAUGUUACGUUUGUGGGUAUACACGUCAGGCGAACCGAUUACUGUAAGUGGUUACAAAACUAUUACGGAAGACAAGUAAACAUGAUGUACUUCAAGCAAGCCAUAGAAUAUUUUCAACUGAAGUACAGCAGAGUGAUUUUUGUGGUCGUAAGUGACGAUAGAGGAUGGUGUAAAAGAAAAUUAGGUAUUUGGCCCAACGUGUUCGUGGCACCGGAGCAAACCGAUAGUGCCCACGAUAUGGCUCUUAUGUCUCAGUGUAAUCAUACCAUUAUGACUUACGGUUCGUUUGGGUUUUGGUGCUCUUAUUUAGCUGGUGGAGAAACGAUUUAUUUUGAUGAAUACAUAGCCCCGAAUUCGUCGUUUUUAAUCGAACAUUUGCCAUUUAACGAAACUUUUCUUCCUAACUGGAUUGGGAUAUCAGCUAAAACAGAUAAUUUUUGGAAAGAAUUUGAGACUAAUGGCAAUUGCAAUGAAUAAAUUAUCCUAAAUAUAAAUUGUAACUGCUCUUUUAGAAAUUAAAGUUUGGAAGAUUCGUGACAAUUUGUUUUAAUGACAAACUGUAUCAAUUCAUAUUUGAAUUGUAUAUUUUAGUAUGAAAACAAAAAAAUCCGGCCUUCUCAGUUUUAUUGUGCUAAGCCAAGAUGUGUAGAAGAGUUAGUAUUUUAAAGUUUCCAAGCACUUUCAUUCCUCUAGUGGUCAAAAUUGAAAUACGUUUUUUCAACCUUUUCCCACCUGUGAACAUAGGAUGGCUGCCUUAUCAUGUUUGUUGUGGUCUUGGAGACUGGAGCCAUCCCAAAAAAUCUUUUCUGAACACAGAAUCUACUGUUUGUCAGUUAAACAACUGCUAAUACCUGUUUCAUUUAAAAAUUCAACUUAAAUGAACAAUCUAGAAUUUUUUCUUUUGUAUAUUCUUCAGCAAGUCAUUUCACAAAAAAUCAAUCUCUGAAAUUGUCUCAUUCUUACAUGUACUUUUAGAUAUAGCCCAAAGGCCAAUUUAUACAUUUGUAUUAACUGUUUAUUAAUUAAAUUCUGUAUUUUUA